AUGUCACUUGUUGUCGAACCAACUCACGCUUAUAGCUCUUCGCAACUCAAGCUUGAAGACCCAAAACGAUGGAGUCGUCUAUUUCCUCUAAUGCGGCCUUCAGUGAAAGUUAUAGAGCUUGAACAUGGCGGAACUAUUGUAAUCGAUACCAAAUUAAUUGAUACUAAGAACGUGCUUGUAGCCGUCAUUGGAACCGCUGGGAACUUUUCGAGUAAAAUCUUGGGUGCAUCCCACAUUGCGGCUUUUGCAACCGAGCCAUUUGGGUCAAAAUCAGUGUCAGCAAAACAUGUAGUUGCAGCUUUGAAAGAGCAAGGAUUUCCCACAGACAACGGAGCCGUCGUCCUGAGGGCCUCAACUAAGAAAGAUCUAGCUGUGAGCUCUGGUUUGGUGGAAGUGUCAGUUAUAGGAGAGUUGAAACUAGAUCACAUUUUAUCUUUGCUAUGGGUUGUAGAGAUCGAAAUCAAAGAGUCUCUAGUGAAAACUCAAGCUCUUGUUGAGCACUUAGUAAAAUAUUCCGCAAGGACAACCUCGAAGUUUCAUGAAAAAAAGACUGGAGGAGGACCAUCAGUCGUACACGCUAUUGACUUUGCUGAAUUCAAAUCGGCACAGCUUGCCGUGGAGAAGGAUAUGAAACACUUGUUGGGUUCAAGGCCAUCCUCAGGACAGGACAUUUACUCAAUCCACUGUGCCGACAUUAAUGGCCUUUCACGGCUAGAGAACAAUAUUCUUGUUCAUGAGAUAUCCGAAUUUUGUGCUAAGAAACGGCUGGACACUCGAAUAUCGCAUUCGACCAUUCUUGAUAAUCAUUCACAAACCCGCGGCUGGGCAAUAUCUCUCUGUCUCAUACCGACCAUGUUUUUGACAGCACACGAGAAAGCCUCUAACACACCCUCCAAGACCAUUGGUGCUGUGGCUGCGCCAACUUCUCGGCAGAAAAGUUCUAAGAUCCAAUUCACCGAUAAUACAGUUCGUGACAUUAUCACACAGGGAUGCGAAAGUGUAAUCCAAGCUGAGCCAACGAUUACUGAAUAUGAUACAAUUGUGGGAGAUGGUGAUUGUGGUUACACUCUUCGAGAUGGUGCGAAACAGGUAUUGAGUUUCAUAAAAGAGCAAGACCUGACACAGCUCCCUUCGACUCUUGGAGAUCUUGUUGAUAAUCUAGAAGUCAACAUGGGAGGUACAAGUGGUGCUUUGUACUGCAUUUUUCUAAGUUCGUUGUCACAGGAACUGUGGACCGCAGCAACUUUUGCUGAUGCAUUGAACGGUGCCUUGGAGCAUUUGUUAAAGUAUACCAGAGCAAGGCUAGGAGAUCGGACCUGUUUAGACUGCUUGAUACCCUUCGUUGAGACCCUGAAUAGUACAGGAGAUGCUAGGCAAGCAUUGGAGGAAGCUAAGAAGGGCGUUGAAUCAACAAAAAAGUUGGAAGCUAAACUAGGUCGUUCCAGCUAUCUCAAUGAGACGACAACGAGGGGAGUUCCAGAUCCGGGUGCCUAUGGGUUAUUAAUGUUAUUGCAAGGAAUGAUCAAAUCAUAA